GACAAAGUCUGUAUGUAUAUAAAAAUGUCCCGCCAAUGGAAGGGAUGGAAAAUUGAAUCGGAAACAAAAGCACCUAAUGUGUUCUGCUUCAAUAGAGCUGAAGGGCUAGUUAAAUGGACACUGGACAAACUGAAUCAAUAGCCUAUUUAAGGGAGAAUCCAUGUAGGCUGGAGAGUGAUUGUGCCCCUGGGAUGCUGAGUUUAUUUGUACAGGACUCUGAGGAUUUUUGUACUGGCCUGUUCUGCUUAAGAGUAUUCCAUUUUAGGCUGAAAUUCAGGAAGGAUUACUGGAGGGGAAAAACCAUGACUGUGACAGUCAGUUUCAGAUACUUGCCACAGAACGCCUGACGUUUCUUAAUGAGAUACCUAAGGAUGAUGGGAUCCCUCCCGAGAGCAAAGAGACUUUAGCACAAUCCUUAGUGGGGGUCUGCCUGGUGGUGAGUAAUUAAUGGACACCUGAUGUCUCUUUUGCAAGCUCUGCAAGGACAUGAGCUGAUGUCAUCGCAAGCCCCCAUGAUAUGAUCUUGCCUUGGGAGGAAACAUGAUUUGGAACAACACCACUAUGGACGGGGAAGGGAUGCUUGUGAAAAGGGAUUCCUGCUUUCGGAUCCUCACCGGUUGCUUUCUUUCCUUGCUGAUUCUUUCCACACUCCUAGGGAACACACUGGUCUGUGCUGCGGUCAUCAGGUUCCGCCACCUGAGGUCCAAGGUGACCAACUUCUUUGUGAUCUCUCUGGCAGUCUCAGACUUGUUAGUAGCCGUCUUGGUCAUGCCUUGGAAAGCCGUGGCGGAGAUAGCUGGAUUCUGGCCUUUUGGGUCCUUCUGUAAUAUUUGGGUGGCAUUUGAUAUCAUGUGUUCUACAGCCUCCAUCUUAAACCUGUGUGUCAUCAGUGUGGACAGAUAUUGGGCCAUCUCCAGCCCAUUUAGGUACGAGAGGAAAAUGACCCCGAGGGCGGCGUUCAUUAUGAUCAGUGUGGCAUGGACUUUGUCCGUGCUGAUCUCCUUCAUCCCAGUGCAGCUGAACUGGCACAAGGCUAAAACCACCAGCUUCUUAGACCUGAAUUCCAGUUUCCAAGGGGUAGACAUGGACAACUGUGACUCCAGCUUAAACAGGAUGUACGCCAUCUCUUCCUCCCUCAUCAGCUUCUACAUCCCAGUGGCCAUCAUGAUAGUCACCUAUACUAGGAUAUACAGGAUUGCUCAGAAGCAAAUCAGGCGCAUUUCCGCCUUGGAAAGAGCAGCCGUACACGCCAAAAACUGCCAAACCCCCGCCGGCAAUGGAAGCAGCAUGGAUUGCCAACAGCCAGAAAGUUCCUUCAAAAUGUCCUUCAAGAGAGAAACUAAAGUCUUGAAGACUUUGUCGGUGAUCAUGGGGGUGUUUGUGUGCUGCUGGUUACCCUUUUUCAUACUGAACUGCAUGGUGCCCUUCUGUGAGCCCACCAUACAAUCCAAGGGAGCAGAACCGUUUUGUAUUAGUUCUGCCACUUUUGAUGUCUUUGUUUGGUUCGGAUGGGCCAACUCUUCGCUGAACCCCAUCAUCUAUGCCUUCAACGCAGACUUCCGCAAGGCAUUCUCCACUCUCUUGGGAUGCUACAGACUCUGUCCCGCUUCCAUCAAUGCGAUAGAGACGGUUAGUAUUAACAACAAUGGGGGCAUAGCCUUUUCCAGUCAGCUUGAGCCCAGAGGGUCCAGCCCCAAAGAAUGCAAUUUAGUCUAUCUGAUCCCCCAUGCUGUUAUAUGCCCAGAAGAAGACGACAUGGCAAAAAAGGAAGAGGAGGGGGAACUGUCUAAAACGCUGGAGAAAAUUUCUCCAGCCCUAUCAGGUAUCUUGGAUUUUGAAGCUGAUGUUUCUUUGGAAAAGAUCAACCCCAUCACACAAAAUGGUCAGCAUAAAACCUGAGGUGUGAAAGAGCUAGCAGCCCAUUGAAAUGCAGAAGGAAGAUUUGUAAGGUGUUUCUCUUUCUCUCUCUUUUUCUUUUG